AAUUUAUGCUACCUUUUUCCAUUGAGUUUAAUUAUCAAUAUUCCACACGAAACUCGAAUGAGUAUUUACCAAAUAAAGAAUUAUAGUAGUAGUAGUUGAAAUAUUUCAAUGUUGAAUUGAAGCAAAAGCAAUGAAGAAAAAUAGACACCAACUUGGACGAAAAAUAAAACAAAAAAACAGAUGAAAAGUUCAAGCACUGCUAAAAGUCAGCUUAUAUACACCCAAUCCAACCAAACCCCAUCAAUUCACAAACAGAAAUUCCCCCAAAUCACAUGAAGCUUUGAAAAUGGACGCCGUGAAGCGGAGAACCGUGAAAACCCUAGUCGCGAAGCUCACCUCCGUCUCGGAGCACACCCGCACGGAGGCCAUCUGCGAGCUCCGCCUCCUGUCGAAGAACGACGCCGACAGCCGCCCCCUCAUCGCCGACGCCGACGCCGUGCCGCUGAUCGCCGAGUCGCUCUACUCCCCCGCCGUGAUCCUCCAGGAGAACGCCGCCGCGGCGCUGCUCAACCUCUCGAUCUCCUCCAAGGAGCACCUGAUCUCGUCGCGCGGCGUCCUCGACGCCCUCUCCCACGCGCUCCGCCACCCGGCGGCGCCGUCCGUGGCGCAGUGCGCCGCCGCGACGAUCUUCAGCCUGCUGAGCGUGGAGUCGUUCCGGCCGAUCAUAGGGCACAAGCGCGACAUCAUCUUCGGGCUGGUGGAGAUCGUGCGGGGGCAGGGAUCGGCGGCGCGGUCGAUCAAGGACGCGCUGCGGGCGCUCUUCGGGGUGGCGCUGUACCCGCUGAACCGGGCGCAGAUGGUGGAGCUCGGGGCGGUGCAGGCGCUGUUCUCGCUGGUGGUGAAGGACGGCAGGGUGGGGCUGGUGGAGGACGCCACGGCGGUGAUCGCGCAGGUGGCGGGCUGCGAGGAGAGCUGGGAGGUGUUCAGGAAGGUUUUGGGGGUGGAGAUGCUGAUGGAUCUGUUGGACAAUGCGACCGGAUCGAGUUACCGGACCAAGGAGAACGCGGUGGCGGCGCUGCUGAAUCUGGUGCAGUGUGGAGGGGAGGAGGUUGCGUCUGAUGUGAGGGGGAAGUUGGAAGCGAGGGUGGUGGAGGGGAUCGUCGAUAUUGCGCAGGGCGGGACCGACAAGGGCAAGAGCAAGGCGCUCGCGUUGUUGAAGGUUCUUGAUGCCACACCCACACACUCUUGUUAACUUUACUUCUCAUGUAGAUAUAUAUUCUCAAUCUCAAUUCAAUUCAACUCGGUUUUGUUUUUGUUGUUUGUACAUUGUAUUCUAGAUUGACUUCUUGCUCAUUAUAUUCUAACUAUGAUUGUGACUCAUGAAAUUUAAAUGAAUCUUCUUUUUCUGCGUGGAA